AUGGUCGUUCAUAACCCUAACAACUGGCAUUACGUUGAAAAAAACUGUAUUGAUUGGACCCGUCAAUACUUUAAAGAAAAAUUAGUUGAUCUUGAAGCUGAAUCUGAUGACAAGUCUCAACAUGCUAAGAUCACAGGUGUUACUUCUGUUGAAGGUGAUUCAAUUGUUGCCCAAAAAAGAGGUAAAGUUAUCAGUUUGUUUGAUUUGAAACUAGCUCUUGCUUACUCUGGUAAUGUUGGUGAAACAUCAGUUAAAGGUUCUAUCACCAUUCCAGAAGUUGCUUAUGAUUCAGAUGAAGAUGAUUAUCAAUUCGAAGUCUCUGUGUUUUCAGAAACAAGUGAGAACACUAAAAUCAAAGAAGUCGUGAAGAAGAAAUUGAUCCCACAAUUGAGAAAAGCUUUUGCUCAAUAUGGUAAAGAUUUAUUAUCUACUCAUGCUUCUGAUAUUCAAUUACCAGCCGACCAAGUCAAAUCAGAAUUGACCAAGGCAAAUCAACUCAAGAGUAGCUCAUCUUCAACUUCAGUUGAUAAAAAACAAACCGAAACAUCAAACUCAACAACAUCAUCAUCACAACCUACACCUACCCAAUCUUCAUCUAGUGUUCCAAAAUACAAUACCUCAACAGUACACUUAGAGCCUGUCUUCAAUACUACAGCAGAACAAUUAUAUGUUACAUUUUUAGAGAAAAAUAGAGUUGGUGCAUGGACUAGAGCGAACCCAGGUUUCAAUGGUGAUUUCCUAAAAGUUGGUGAUGAAUUUACUUUGUUUGGUGGUAAUGUUUCAGGAAAAGUUACCAAAUUGGUCCCAAAUGAAACAAUCGAGCAACAGUGGAGACUAAACAGCUGGAAGGAAGGUCAUUAUGCCAAUUUAACUAUUGGUUUGCAUCAAGGUGAUUCUGAAACUAAAUUAGAUGUCUUGUUUAAAGGUAUCCCUAUUGGUGAAGAAGACCAAGUUAGAGGUAACUUUGAAAAUUAUUAUGUUAGGGCCAUCAAGAUCACAUUUGGAUUUGGUGCAGUUCUCUAG